AUGAUGGCCAGGACUCAUGACAAUGCUAUGAAGCAUGGUGUCUCCGGACCUGGAAAGGCCGAAAACCCCAAGACUCAGGAAGUGGAGAUUAAGGACCCUGAAGGAGACAUGAGUAAAAACAAAGUUACUCCUGGGCUGUGGACCAUUCAUCGAGAUGGAGAAGUCCUUCUGAGGCUAUCGAAACAUGGGCUAGGCCAUGAGACCCCAGUAACCAUCCCUGAUUUUUUUCGGGAGUCAGUCAAACGAUUUGGGGCAUAUCCAGCUCUUGCAACAAAGAACGGUGAGCAGUGGGAAGUCCUGAAUUUCAACCAGUACUAUGCGGCUUGUCGGAAGGCUGCAAGAGCCUUGAUCAAGCUGGGCCUGCAGCGUUUCCACGGAGUUGGCAUCCUGGGGUUUAACUCCAUCGAGUGGUUCAUCGCUUCCCUCGGUGCCAUCUUAGCAGGGGGUCUUUGUGUUGGUAUUUAUGCCACCAACUCUGCGGAGGCUUGUCAGUACGUCAUUAGUCAUGCCAAAGUGGACAUCCUGCUGGUUGAGAACGACCUACAGUUAAGGAAAAUCCUUUCGAUUCCGCAGAGCAGGAUGGAGCCCCUGAAGGUGAUCGUGCAGUACAAGCUGCCCAUGAAGGGGAGCAGUAAUAACCUGUACUCUUGGAAUGAUUUCAUGGACCUGGGCAACGACAUCCCCGAUUCCCAGCUGGACCAGAUCAUGGAAAGCCAGAGGGCUAAUCAGUGCGCUGUGAUCAUCUACACUUCUGGGACCUCAGGCAAUCCCAAGGGAGUGAUGCUUAGCCAUGACAACAUCACGUGGACGGCAGGUGCAGUGGCAAAGAACAGUGGCCUGUCUUGUGCCGCAGAAAAGCAGGAGGUGGUGGUGAGCUACCUUCCCCUCAGCCACAUUGCAGCUCAAAUGAUGGAUAUGUGGUUACCCAUGAAGAUCGGGGCUUUCACCUACUUUGCUCAACCAGACGCUCUCAAAGGUACCCUGAUCGGCACUCUGAAGGAGGUAAAGCCCACCAUCUUCCUGGGGGUGCCCCGAAUUUGGGAGAAGAUGCAGGAGAUGAUCAAGGAAAAUAGCGUCAAAUUCUCAAGCUUGAGGAAGAAGGUGUUCUCAUGGGGAAGAGUUAUUGGCUUAAAGGUCAAUACAAAAAGGAUGUUGGGGGUACAUGACACUCCCGGGAGCUACCGCAUGGCGAAGGCCCUGGUGUUCAGCAAAGUCAGGAGUGACCUUGGCCUUGAUAACUGCCACUUUUCUGUCAGCGGGGCUGCGCCUCUCGACCAACAGACCUCUCAGUUCUUCCUAAGCCUGGACUUGCCUAUAAAUGAGAUAUACGGUCUGACGGAAAGCACAGGACCCCACAGCAUGUUCAGCCAGAAUAACUACAAGAUUCACAGCUGUGGCAAAAUCAUGGCUGGAUGUAAGAACAUGCUGUACCAGCAGAGCAAGGACGGCGUCGGGGAGAUCUGCAUCUGGGGUCGGCACGUCUUCAUGGGCUAUCUGGAAAUGGAAGACGUGACCAUGGAGGUCAUCGAUGACGAAGGCUGGCUACACACGGGGGACCUGGGCCACAUAGACAACCACGGUUACCUCUACAUCACCGGCCGCAUCAAAGAAAUCCUUAUUAUGGCUGGCGGUGAGAACGUGGCCCCUAUUCCCAUCGAGAACUUGGUUAAAGAGAAGAUUCCCAUAGUCAGUAAUGCCGUGUUAGUGGGAGACAGAGCAAAGUUUCUGAGCAUCCUGCUGACGUUGAAGUGUGAGGUCGACAGGACGAACGGAGAGCCACUGGACAAGUUAAGCUUGGAGGCCAUCCACUUCUGCCGGAACCUGGGAAGCCACGUGUCCACCGUCUCUGAGAUUCUGGAGCUGCAGGACCCCCUGGUCUACAAGGCCAUCCAGCGAGGCAUAGAUGCUGUGAAUCAGGAAGCCAUUUCCAACGCGCAGAGGAUCCAUAAGUGGGCCAUCCUGGAGAAGGACUUUUCUGUCCUACAUGGAGAGCUGGGUCCGACGACAAAGAUUAGGAGACAUUUUAUCACCCAGAAGUACAAAAAGCAAAUUGAGAAAUUCUACCACUGA